AUGGAUGCAUCACUAAGGGAAGUUUCUGCCAAACUGGAAGUUCUGGAGGCCAAUGAUGAGGGAAAGAAGAAAUCUAAAUUUAAAGCCUUCAAGAAUUUUUUUGGCAAGAAGAAGAAAAAAGAGCCUGAAGGUAUCCAGAGAAGAAGCAGCAGCCUGAAACCAAGCUCGUCCAACAGCAGUAUCAACGACUCUUCUCUGAAUCUGGUUCAGGAAGUUCAACAACCUACAUUUAGGUAA